AUGCUCACCUCCAACUCAUCAAGAUUUACCAGUGCAAUACCAACUAGAAGCGGUACCAUCGCCUCUCAGGCCCCUCAUAAUGCUGUCAAAGUGUUGUGUUCCAUUACCGAAUCUCAAGCGUUGGCGCCGAUUGUUGGAAUUGCAUUCUUAUUUCUUGCCACCGGGGAGCUUAUAGUCUCUUGUAUUAAAGAUUCACAAACUUACAUUAGAACUAUCCAUAAGAUCCAAGUAUAUUCGCCUACAGAAAUCAUGAUUCCUACAGGGCUUGCACAAUCCAACUUGAUGGCAAUUUUGGAAUCCAAUCUUAGCGCCGAGGUGAAAAUCACGUUGAUUUCCAAAAACCAGUUUACUUGUGAUAAUCCCAUGUCAUUAAUUCAAAAGUAUACCUUUUCUGAUGAUUUUAUAAAGCUUCGAUUGGAGUUGGUUAAUCAAGUUUAUGGGUUGAAUUCUAUUGUCGCGAUUGUCAAAUACAUUGAAACGGCCCCCAACUAUUCAAGCCAGCGGUUCAGAAAACUUAGAGUGAAGUAUGAAGCUUGUGAGAACACCAUGUUUAUUGAUUCCAGCACAACAAAAGCUCUUGAAUUAAUCGAUAGUAACACCGAGGAUGGUCACGGAAUGACUUUGUUCAAGAUGUUGAAUUGUACGGUGACCAAGAUGGGAGAACGGGUCUUAAGAAAUAAUAUUCUACAACCCCUUACUGAUAAAAAAUCCUUGAUAUUGAGGUUAGAAAGUGUUAAGGAAUUGCUUGAUCACGAGGAUGCCAGGAUAAGUUUGAUAGGUAUGCUUGAGAAAGUUCAGGAUAUCGAUAAGUUAUUGGUUUCAUUAAUAAGAAAUUCGGAAGAUGUGGAUCAAAAAAUCAACAACAUAUUACUACUUAAGCAAGCAAUUCAUGUAUCUGUGGAAAUUGGAAGAGUUUUAAAGGAGCACGAAUUUGAUAGUGUUUUACUCAAAGAGAUCCAAAAACUAUGUACCAGUUAUGAUAUAACCAAUGUGCUAGCUUUGAUCAAUGAAUAUAUCAAUGAAGAUUGUGUCUGGACUAGCAAACCACUUGAAUUGAAAAGUCAGAAAUGCUAUGCUGUUAAGGCGAAUAAGAAUGGAUUACUUGAUGUUUCACGGCAAUUAUACACUAAAAUCAUUGAGAGAAUCACUUCAAUUGUGGAGCAACUUGCGGAAACACAUGGACUCGUUUUAGAUUAUGGGUUUGAAUCUAGUAAAGGAAUGGUGGUCAAAAUUAAUAAGAAAUUGAAUGAUAUAGAUUUUGAUAAUUUGCCAUCAAUGUUUAUUAACAAAUCUGCUAAACGUAGCAUCAUUCAAUGCACCACGCUUGAUAUCCUCAAAUUGAACAGAAGGCUUCAAGAAACCCUCAAUGAAAUAUUUUUGCUCUGUGAUAAAACCAUCGAUGAACUCAAUGAAAUGAUUGAAGAUUUCACUUCGGGAAUAUUUAUGAUGGCAGAAGCUCUAGCCAUUCUUGACCUUCUUUGUGGGUUUUCACAACUUGCUUCAAAGAAUCCUGGGUACGCUUGUCCGGAAUAUGCAGAUAAGCUAGUUAUUAAGCAAGGCCGACAUCCAAUUCUUGAAACCAUAAUAUCUGCAAAUAGUGAUCAACGGUUUGUUGCCAACGACAUGUUUGCGAUUAAUGAAACCUCCCGAGUUACCAUGAUUACCGGUGACAAUAUGAGCGGGAAAUCGGUAUAUUUGAAACAAGUAGCCUUAAUUAACAUAAUGGGUCAAUUGGGGUGUUAUGUACCAGCAGAUUAUGCAUUAUUGCCAAUUUAUUCGAAAAUUAUGGCCAGAGUUAGGAACGACGCGUUGGAGGUCAAUGUUUCAAGUUUCAGUUUGGAGAUGAGUGAAAUGGCGUUUAUAUUAGCCGAGGUCGAGCGAAGGCCCGAUGAAAAAGGGUUGAUCCUUAUUGAUGAGCUUGGUAGAGGGACGAGUCUUAAUGACGGCAUCGCGAUUACUGCUGCGGUUGCAUCGCAUUUGGCAGAUAACUUCCCAAAUAGUCACGUAUUUGCUGCAACCCAUUUUAGAGAGGCGGCUAGUGCUAUAGCAGAAAAGUUAUCAGUUAGACAAGUACAUAUGGGUAAUGAACAACGGAGAUUCAAAGUAAUUGAUGGCGGUGCAGAUGGAGCAGGAAGAGGAAUAGCGUUGGUUGAAAAAUUGGGGCUUUUCCCAGCCAAUAUAUUACAAAACGCUUCGAAGAUUGCCAAUAAACUUGCAAUUAAGGACCAAACGAGAUUCGGGACCGAAGUGAGGGUGGAAUUCAAGAAACGAAUCAUGGUUGAUUUGAUGGUUUCUUUAAAAGAGUUACAGCGAAGAAUGGAUGAUUUGGAUCAUCAAGAGGUGAUAAGUAGUUUGGCGAGUUUACAAAGAAAAUUUGUGGAUAAAAUGGCCAGUUAA